AAAUUACAUUUUACAAAAAAUAAAAAAACUCUCUCUCUCUCUCCUUCACAAAAUCAUCGCGACUUUUCUAGAAAUUCAAAUUUCAAUUUCUCUUUAAAAAAAAGGUUUAAAUAUUCAUCGUUGUAAUAAUUAUUGUAAUAUUCAUAGAUCAAAGUUCAAGUUUCGAGAAGUGAUUUGAUCGUUUGGUUAUUUGGAGAUUUGAUUUGUUUAUUUUUAUUUGGGAAAUAGAGAUGGAAGUGGAGUCGCCGGAAAGAGGGAAGAUAGGUGGAAUAGCGAUAGAAAUUCCGGCGAGUGAUGACGGAGAAACGAUAUGGUCGCCGCCGAGGGUUCCACCUAGGCUUCUUCAAAAGUUAUCGGAGCCUAAAACUUCUUCUCCUACUGCUGAAGAAAUUGAGGCUAAGCUUCGUGGCGCCGAUCUUCGUCGACAGAAAUUCUAUGAGUAUCUAUCAAGUAAAGCAAGACCAAAGCCCAGAAGCCCCUCACAGUCUCCAACUCAUGGAGAAGAUCUUGGACAGCGUCUUGAGGCUAAACUUCAGGCUGCUGAGGAGAAAAGGAUGAGCAUUCUAGCACAGGCUAAGUUGCGUCUGGCAAAAUUAGAUGAGUUGAGGCAGGCAGCUAAAACUGGAGCAGAAAUGCGCUUCAGACAGGAACGAGCUGAACUGGGUACAAAGGUUGAGUUGCGUGUACAGCAGGCUGAGGUAAACAGAAUGCUUCUCCUAAAAGCUAAUUGCCUAAGGAGGGCCACACUGAGGGAGAGGACAUCUCAAUCAUUACUCCGCCGAAUGGCUCGUGAGAGCAAGUAUAAAGAGCGAGUGCGUGCUGCAAUUUGUCAAAAGCGUGCAGCUGCUGAGAAGAAGAGGAUGGGAUUGCUAGAAGCUGAAAAGAGGAGGGCAUGUGCUAGAGUCAUGCAAGUGCGGAAUGUUGUGAAGUCCAUUUCUCACCAGGAAGAGGUCAAAAGAAGGGAAAUGCAAAUUAAAAUAGAAGACAAGCUGCAAAGGGCAAAGAGACAAAGAGAAGAAUACUUGAUGCAGAGAGGUAAAGCACAUAAUUCCUUUUGUGACAGUUAUGACGAGAUACAUGACCAGGCUGACCUGCUUUCAAGGAAAUUAGCAAGGUGUUGGAAGCAGUUCCUUACACGUGGAAAGACGACCUUCCAUCUUGCAAAAGCUUAUACUAUGCUGAGUAUUAACGAGAAUGCAGUUAAGGUAAUGCCAUUUGAGCAGCUAGCAAUGAAGAUUGAAUCACCUAAUACACUACAGAGAGCGAAAGGUUUGCUCGAUCGGCUUGAGCUUCGCUUCAAAUUGUUGCGUGAUGUUGACAGUGCCACAAGUACCAUUGGUUGGGGCGAUAUUGAUCAUCUUCUCAACCGAGUAGCUACACCCAAAAAGAAGGCUACACCAAGGAGAUCUCUGCGCAGUGGUGGUGCAAAAAAAACAGUAUCCAACUUACCAGCAGCCAAAACUCCAGUCAAGUUGUUGAGGUAUCCAGUUCGAAUCGUGCUGUGUGCAUAUAUGAUUCUAGGUCACCCUGAUGCAGUGUUCAGUGGUAAAGGGGAGCGUGAGAUUGCCCUGGCCAAAUCUGCUGAAAAAUUUGUCAGAGAGUUUGAACUGCUGGUAAGGAUAAUAUUGAAUGGCUCCAUCCAGACUUCCGAUGGGGAUACUGAUUGCGGAUUGGCAAGGCGCAGGACCUUCAAGUCGCAGCUCACAGAGUUUGAUUCAGCAUGGUGCUCUUACUUGAAUAGCUUUGUGGUGUGGAAGGUUAAAGAUGCCCAGUCUUUAGAGGAGGAUUUGGUUAGGGCUGCUUGCCAGCUUGAACUCUCCAUGAUUCAAAAAUGCCGGAUCACUGCUGAAGGAGAUGGUGGUGCUCUUACUCACGAUCUGAAGGCUAUCCAGAAACAGGUGAUUGAAGAUCAGAGACUUCUAAGAGAAAAAGUGCUUAAUAUUAGUGGAGGUGCUGGUAUUGAACGGAUGGAUAAUGCAAUUUCUGACACACGAAACAAAUACUUUGAAGCUAAAGAAAAUGGAAGUCCUGUGGGCUCUCCAAUUAUGCAGUCAGUAUCUCCAAGCCCAAUUGCUCUCGCAGGUGCCUCUUCUUCUCUUGGGGGUUCAAAUAAAGGAGGGAAUUUGCUUGAGGUGAGUGAUCAGAAGCCAAACCGUGUGGUGCGCUCCUUAUUUAGGGAUGAACUACCUUCAAAAGUCGGUUCUUCUGCCAAUAACAACAGCUUGCAGUCAUCCCAUACUGAUGAGGGAUUGGUAAUGGAGAAUGAAUUAAUUGUGAACGAGUCACUUCAUGGUCAGCGUCUUGAAUUUGCUGAGUCUUCAAAAGUUGCUGAUAAAUACGAUAAUAGUAUUAAGGACAAAGUUAGAGAAACGAUGGAGAAGGCUUUCUGGGAUAGUGUCAUGGAAUCCAUGAAAAAGGAUGAAAAUAGAUACAAUCGAGUUGUUGAUCUAAUGAGAGAAGCAAGAGAUGAACUUUGUAGUUUGGCUCCUCAGAGCUGGAGACAAGAGAUUAGUGAAGCUAUAGAUAUAGACAUUCUCUCUCAGUUGUUGAUCUCAGGCAAACUCGACAUGGAUUAUCUUCAAAAGAUCAUGGAUUUCACAUUGGUCACUUUGCAGAAACUAUCCUCUCCAGCUAAGGAGGAUGAGCUAAAAGCAAAUUGUCAAAAGUUAUUUGGAGAACUAGCUGAUAUAUGUAUGGAUGGGUCAGAGAAUUCAUUUAUCCUGGCACUAGUUAGGGGUUUGCGUUUUGUACUGGAAGAGAUUCAGCUGCUGAAACAAGAAAUAAGCAAGGCAAGGAUUAGAAUGUUGGAACCAAUUCUCAAGGGACCUGGAGCUUUAGAUUAUUUGAGGAAAGCUUUCACCAAGCGUUAUGGUCUUCCUUCUAUGGCUAUGACCACCUUACCCUUGACAUGGCAGUGGCUUUUAUCUGUCAAAGAUUCCAUGGACCAGGAAUUUAAUGAACACAAGGAGGCUCUAUCCAGCCUGACAAGUGGACAAGAUCGUUUCCUUCCUUCUGCCACCCUUAGAACUGGAGGAAGCUUUUCAGUUAAAAUGAAUAAAAACCAUGCUUCACCUUUGACCUCUACAGAAGCUGUAGAUGAAUGCCAAGAAUGCACGGGGGACAAGGUUGAUUUAUUGGUGAGGCUGGGAUUGUUAAAGUUGGUAAAUGCAGUAUCUGGUCUGACGCAAGAAGGGUUGCCUGAAACUCUGCAGCUGAACUUUUUUAGACUAAGGGCUACUCAGGCAAAAAUCCAAAAGAUCAUCGUAAUAGCUACCAGCAUUCUAGUCCAAAGACAGGUUCUUCAGAGUAUGCAAAUGGUAUUAAGUGCAGCAGAUAUGGAUAAAAUUGUUCAAGGAGGUGCCAAAGCUGUUUCUGAGCUCCUUGACUCCAAUAAUGAUGCUGGUAUUCAAGAGAUCAUCUCGACACUUGUCAAACCUUUGGAGCAUGGCGACAAUGGUACUGAUGAGAUGAAGCUUCAGCAGAUCAAGGAGAUCAUGGCAAGGAUGUUAUCCAAGAGCCUGCAAGCUGGGGAUGCUAUUUUUGUGCAUGUAGCCCGGGCAAUAUAUUUGGCUGGAAGGGGAGUUGUACUUGGGGGAACUGGAAGACAAGGAAGAGAAUUGGCUGAAGCGGCUCUACGGCAGGUGGGAGCAACUGUUCUAAUUGAUGAGAUUGCGGAUGCCACCUCUGUAUUGGUUAUGGCAGCACAUGUCACAGUGAAUGUUCAUGGUCCUUGGUAUGCACAGUUAGUAGAUAAUAUGUGAAGGUAUUUAACAUUCUUUUGUAUAUAUCAGGGCAUGUAGUUAUUAUUCUGUAUUAUCUAGCUGUGAAUCUCAGUCACCCUAGAUUGAAGGUUGUUGUUAUUGUAGUAAUGUGACUGGAAACCUAGAAAAUGUAGAUAUUUGCUGAAAUAAGGGUCAACUUAAACGCUUGCUUGUAUAUACAUUUUAAGUUUGAGAAA